AUGCAACCGCAGCCUAUGGCCUACGUUGAGCUCUCCCAGACCCUCGCGGAGUCGUUCAACGCGCUCGCCGACGAGGUUCAGACUCUAGCCGACCGCAAGACGGUCUUGGAACACAAGCUGCGCUUUGCCCACGAACAGUUUCAGUACCUCGCCGACAAAUACGCUCCUGCCGCGCCAGAGAUAGCCGAUACGCUGUCCAAGCUACAACUUCCUCCAUAUACUUCCGUGGAUAACACGUCACCCGUUCCACUCCCCCAGCGAACAACGCAAUCCUCACAACAUCAUCUCGCUCUCGUCAUUCGUGACGGACGCCGUGCUGCUAGUCGACUUGCUGCGUCGCUUGGAGACGCGAGUAAAACUACUGUUUCUAGCAAAGCUACAUUCUCGCACGACUCAAACGAGGACGUCUCAUCGAUGUCGACGGCGCUAGAACAAGACUUCACGGUGCAAGGCAAAAGGAGUGCUUUGCAGUGUCCUUUUCAGAAGCCUGCUGAGGAUGUGAAUGGUAGUCAGUCAGCCCAGCAUAUCGACAACAGUCAUUACGACCCCUCAGACCCGAUUUGUGCUGCUUUAGCUGAAGGGACCGAAUCUUCCCACGCUACGGGCAACGGGACAUCGGCCCCCAGCAAAUGCCCCAUUCGUUUUCUCGACAAGCACAGUCCCGAAGAGGUGGCUCGAUAUGUGGAAAUGCACAAGCAUGAGCUGCCCCGCAGCCACGAGGUGUGCCUGAGACGGUACGGCCGAAAUGAGCAAGAAGUCCGCAAACUUGAUUCCAAGUAUGGUAAUAUCGCCAGCAUGAUUGAGGAUCUCGGACAGCUGCAUCAGUCCAUGCUUCCUGGGGAUGGCGACCACCCCCAGGGUGCCAGUGACGCAGACGAAACCUCGAAUCGCCGAGUUGAGAGCUGGGCAAAUGGUGUAGAUGCUUCAACGCACCCAGAUGACGAUGACGCAGUACCUGACGAUGACCAAGACCGCCAGAGCCACUUCGACAGGCCACUAAAGGAAGUCAGAGUUGGCGAAUCCCCAAGCAGGCCAUGGGGCAUAUCGGUUCCCAUAUACGAGUCGGACGACCGCGAUCUCAAUCUUUUAUCGCCGCCUGCUGCACCGUUGAAGAUGCCAACACCGCACCAUCCUCCGGCGAUACCCGAGGGCGGGCCAAAGAAGUGUCCGUUUGAUCACACCAAGUUUGCUUCAUUUGCCGGAGGUCGUGGUGAAGAAACUCCGAAGCCUCCGCAAAAGGGUGGACCUGCUCUGCAGGGACUUCCGCCGUUCACGCCAUUCCGCGACGAGACUGCCCGUCAGUCGCCUGCGCAUGGCGCCCAACCACCUCAGCCAGUAUUUGUGGCACCAGACGCCGUCAGAGGCAAGUCUGAUCAGCCACAAAUGGUCUUUACAGGGCCAGUCUUUAUUGGAUAUCCAAUGGACCAAGCUCUGCAGUUCAUGAAUCAAUUUCAGCGUCGUUCUUGA